AUGGUGGCGGAUGGGACCCCCCCACCAUGGGGUGAUGUUGCCAUCAUGGUGGUGGGCAUCAUCAUCUUCUUCGUCUCCUUCUUCGGCUGCUGCGGGGCCUGGAAGGAGAGUUACUGCAUGGUCACCACGUUCGCUGUCCUGCUCAGCAUCAUCUUCCUGGUGGAGAUCGCGGCUGCCAUCGCUGGUUACGUCUUCAAGGAUAAGGUUCGCACUGUGCUGGAGGACGGACUAUGGGAAACCAUGCGUAAAUAUGGUGAGGAUGCGCCGCUGACGGAGGCAGUGGACAGACUGCAGGAGGAUUUCCAUUGCUGUGGUGCCAACAACUACACGGACUGGUCCAGCCUCGAGCGGUUCCGGGUCAACGACACCGUGCCUCGUUCCUGCUGCCGUGUCAACACCACCAACUGCAACGUCCACCCCACUGCUGAUACCAUCUAUAUAGAGGGCUGCCAGAAGGGCAUCGAAGUGUGGAUGAAGAAGAACAUCCUCAUCGUGGCCGCUGUAGCGUUGGGCAUUGCCUUCUUUGAGAUCCUGGGCAUCAUCUUCACCUGCUGCCUGAUGAAGGGCAUCCGCAGCGGCUACGAGGUCAUGUAGCCCCCCCCCAAGAAGCACUGUGCCAAGCCCACCCACACCCAGCCCUCACUGCUCCCACCCAGGGGGGCUCCAGGUGGGAAGGAGAGGGGGCUGUGGGAGGGGGGGGGGCUGCUCAUCCUGGAGUGAAGCCCCCAGUGUGCCAAUUGUCACUGCCGCUGGAGCCCCCCCCCUCUGUGUGCCACAAGGGGCUGGGAAAUAAAAGGAAAAGCUUCGA